AAUAUUUAUUUACACGGCUUCGCCCAUCGCAUAACUCAUCACCGCAUAAUAAAUGCGCAAAUCAAUACCGUUACUGACUUCCUUUCUAGCUGCUAAUGAAAAUUUUCGAUAAUUUGAAUCAGUCACUAUGAGUUUCUGGGUGAAGAAUCACGACGGUUCGACGAUUUUGGAUAAACCGCCGCGCAUUGUGCCGCUCUUCAAUCCCGGUCAACGGGAGUUUCUCGAAGAUGAGCACCGCCACCGCAUUCAAAUGCAGAAGCGCGCACAAGAGGGCAGCAAAUCCACCGAAUACUAUAUACGCAAACAAUCGACACUGGACGAUGCACGCCUGCUGGACGAGCACGACUCCUUCUACAAGACAACGAAGAGCUUACUCGUGCUCUUUCAGAUUAUGGGCAUAAUGCCCAUUCAUCGCAAUCCGCCCGACAAUAAUUUGCCACGCACUGGCUUUUCGUGGAGAUCGCAUCAAAUGCUAUAUGCGAUAUGCAUUUUCUCGCUCGAGACAUUCAUUGUGGCGAUGGUGCUGCGUGCGCGCGUCAAGAGUUUCAUCGAACAGCCGGACAAGCAUUUCGACGAGGCAAUCUAUAAUAUCAUCUUCAUCAGUUUGUUGUUUACGCAUUUUCUGUUGCCGGUGGCGAGUUGGCGUCACGGUCCGGAGGUGGCGAUUUUCAAGAACAUGUGGACGAAUUACCAAUAUAAGUUUUGGCGUGUCACCGGUGCGCCCAUUGUGUUUCCGAAUCUAUAUCGCCUCACCUGGGGUCUCUGCAUAUUCUCGUGGGCGCUGAGUAUUGCCGUCAAUGUUUCGCAGUACAUUUUGCAACCGGACUUUGAGUUUUGGUACACGUUCGCUUACUAUCCCAUCAUUGCGAUGCUGAAUUGCUUCUGCAGCUUGUGGUACAUAAAUUGCAAUGCUUUUGGCACGGUUAGUGAAGCCCUUGCAGAACACUUGGAAUUAACCCUUAAAAGCGACAAACCAGCAGAAAAGUUGACCGAGUUUAGAUACUUAUGGGUGGAUCUGAGUCUCAUGAUGCAGCAGUUGGGCAAAGCCUACUCAAAUAUGUAUGGUAUGUACUGUUUGGUCGUCUUCUUCACAACACUCACUGCCGCCUAUGGUUCGAUAAGUGAGAUCAUGGAUCAUGGCGCAACGUACAAGGAAAUCGGACUAUUCGUCAUUAUGUUCUAUUGCAUGAGUCUGUUGUAUAUAAUCUGCAAUGAGGCACAUCAUGCGUCGCGCAAAGUGGGCUUGGAUUUCCAAACGAAAUUGCUCAAUGUCAAUUUAAUUGCUUUGGAUACGGCCACGCAGCGAGAGGUGCAAAUGUUUUUGCUCGCGAUUGCGAAGACACCGCCCAUAAUGAACUUGGAUGAUUACGCAAAUAUUAAUCGUGAGCUCUUUUCAUCGAACCUCACCUUUAUGGCCACCUAUUUGGUUGUAUUGCUGCAAUUUAAGAUUACCGAACAAAGAGGCCUGCGUGAUAAUCAACCAGAGUCGAAAAUGGAUUAUGGCGCAUGAAUUGGAGAAAUGAAAGUGCGAGCUCAAUUUGUGCAUAUAUGUAUUUAUUUAUUUGGGAGACCCGCAGCUGCCUCGACCACUAAUCUAGUUAAUCAUUCCACUACAAUAUAUUUCACUUUAUACUCAAUGCAUAUAUAUAGCAUGCGAGAUUUUCAUGUACAACUACAUAACU